UCCCCAAAUCCCCUCCCCUCCCCUCUCCAGCCGCGCCCACCCCACCACCACCAGCAAAUGGCGACGCCAUGGCUCUCCUCCUCGCCACCGCCCUUGCGCCCCUCGCCGUAGACGCUCCCCGCGCCCCCUCCGCAGUAGGAGCUCCGCUCUCCGGGACCGCCGUCGCCUCCCCACCCCCGCCGCUCCCUGCCGCUGCAGCGUGGGGGCUCGCGCUCGAGCCCAGCUGCCCGGCAUCGUUCGUCGCAGCGCAUGUGCUUCUCUCCUGCGAUCCCUUGCUUCCGACGGCAGGCUGCUGCAACGCACUGCUGGGAUCCGUCCCGCGGGACGACGCGCUGCCCUGCCUGUGCGCGGCGGCGCACGACCCCGACCUCCAGCGCGCAGGCUACAUGGAGGGGGACUGCUGCAGCUGUACGGCGACUGCGGCGGCCAGCUCCCGCGGCCGACGACCUGCACGCCCUCUGCCAGGAAGCACACAUUACCCAGACCACCAUCCCCCAAGCUGGCUCCGCAUCUCAUCGACGCAUCCAGAAAGAAGUUGCUGGAUCCUGUGAUGCGAGCAAGCUCGCGUGGGAUGUCGCUGUAAACUGUGUCAAUUCUUUGGACGGUGAGGAAGUCAAGGUGACGCCGUCGUGCUGUACUCCAUUCCUAGCCGCUGCAGAGAGCCGCAGGUGCUUCUGCAGCUUCCUGCAGGAACUUAAGGUCGAACUUUCCCCGAUCUCGAGGAAGGACGCACACCUCCUUCACAGGAGGUGUGGAGGACUCCACCCUCUGCCCAGGUGCUUCUCACAUAGAGACGAACCCGAGGGGUAGGAUGAUGGAGCCUUUGUGCUGCCCUUUGCUGCUGGUUCUCCCCCGCCUCCAGCGCCAUUGUCACCUUCGCCGCCUGCUCCUGCUCUGAAGAAUGAGCUGCCGGCGUAUGUGCAGAUCGUUUGGUCGGUUCUGCGGUGGGUUCUGUCUCAUGGCCCACUUGAGGCUGUUGUUUUCGUGUCUUCCGCGGCGGUGGCUGAUGCUCUCGUGUGGGUCCGGAAGCGCCGCAAAGACAGGCGUGCUCGGCGGCGCGCAGCGGGCACCGUCGGGGACAAGGUAGCUGACCUCGGCUUGCAAGCCGCAGAGAUAGGAUUGGAGGCCGUAGCCAAGAAGCUGGAGCAGAAGGAGCAGGACAGCAGCAGUAGUCCACCUCAGUCAGCUGGAACAAGAAGCCGUGGGACGUCCAUGGACUCAUCGCCGUCCUCGGAGGAGGAUCACAAGGAGGAGCUGCAGGAGGAGGAGGAGAAGACCUCCAAACCACAGGCGUGCCGCCAUAUCCAUCAUCGCCGUCGCCGCCGAAGCUCCGCUCGAUCUCGAGCUCUCUGAGGACCAAAUCCACACCCAUCUGACGCGGAUGUCUCCCCUGUACACGCCGGUGUUCUGGUCGUCCCUUUUGGUGCCUGCAAUCGUCGGCAAUCGUCGUCGGCGUCGCCUCCGCCGUCCGGCGCGAGGCAGACGACGCCUUGCUCAAACCCGCGGGAAAACGUACCUCCUGUGGGUUCGCCUUCCCCGAGGGAAAGCGUACUCAAGGGGGUUCGCCUUCGUCGGUCGCCUGCAGCGCAGUUGGGCCGUCCCAGCACUCGCGGCCCAGCAGCGCCUGCGCCUCGCCGCUUUCCUACCAAUACGGCUUCACCUCAAAAAAAAAAAAAACCAAUACGGCCCUGCACGCGAAUCAUUUUAUUCUUUUUGUGGACAAAAAAAAAGCCGUCAAUGAAAACCUCUAUAACUAUUUGCUCACAACUCCGAUCCACGUGAUUCCAAAGCCCACGAUCUUCAUUCGAAGAGCCCCUUCCAAUGCUCUCACCUUCAUAAUAAUUCCACAUCCUGAAAAAGGGCACCAUGUCAUUCUUCUUCAUAUAGCUCUUCCAUUCAAAGAAGAUCCUUCCCGUGAAUCCGUUCCGUGAGACAACCACACUUGUUCCUGGAGAAAACUAGAGCUCAACGCAAGCCACAACUUCCAUCGUUUGCCGACAUGAAUAAGCCAUAUGUUUUUUGUAUGCCUUUUUGGAUUCGUUGCUGCAUAUUUUCAUUUAUGCCCCAUAUUGCUAGGUUGUUAUUCAUGUGCUUAUGACACCUCAUUCCCUUGC